AUGGGUCGUGUUUUAUUAUACAAUACUCAACCACUACAAUUCACUUCUCAACCAUUAUUUGUUUCCGAACUUGCUAAUUUACCAUUUCAAUCAAUGGAACCAAUAAUACACAUAUGUCACGUAAAAACACAUCGAGCUAUUGGUCUUUUAUCAAAUCGAUAUUUUGUUUUAUGGCAAUAUACACCAAGUGAAAACUUAUUAAUAAAAUUUUGUAAUCCAUAUCAAUAUGAUUUUAUUCGUUGCCAUUAUAAUUCAAAAUUUGAUUAUAUUAUAUUUGCUUUUAUAGAUGGUUUUAUUUUAAUUUAUGAAAUAAAUCAAAUGAAACACAUACGUCGUUAUCAUUAUCAUUGGAAAAUAAUAACUGAUUUAGAAAAUAGUAAAGAUCAAAAUUUACUUCUUUCAUCAUCAAUUGAUCAUAUUAUUAAUAUUUGGAAUUUAGGCAAAAAAAAAUUAAUAAAUAAAAAAAAUACAAUACUAUUUUCAAUUACAAAAGUCAAAGUUAAAUCAUUGAAAUUAUUUACGGAUAUGCAACGAAUUGCACGUAUUACAGCAUUAGCUGAAGAUAAUUCAAGUAUACUUAUAUCACCAGUUAGUGGAUGUUGUCUGAAUUAUGUAUCGAAUAUAGCUAAAAAGCCAAUUAAGCAAAUAUUACAUGAUAUUAGCAGAUCAAAUAUCUACUCCCUUCAAUUCGAUGGUGAAAUAGUUCUCUAUCGUGCUGAUAAUAAUCCAUGUGUAGCUGAAUAUAAAAUUCGAACAAAAUCAGAACAAUAUGCUAUUACUUGCAUGACAUUGAUUAAUCCAAUGCGUACACAACUCUUUAAUAUAAAUACUAUGCAAACUUCAGUAGAAAAAUCUCUUGAUAAACAAGUUGUCUUUUUUGGUCAUGCAAAUGGUUAUAUAUCUCUUUUUCAAGGUGAUUCAUUAAUUAUGGAACCUAUAUUAGCACAUAAAACUUCAAUAUUAUGUCUGGAAACAUCACUCACUAGUAUGGAAAUGUCAAAUAUAUUGUUUACAAAUUGUGAAAUUCUUCUUUCAUCAAGUACAGAUCGAACCAUUUAUUUAUGGAAUUUAACUAUAAGUAAAUUAGAUGAAUCUAUUCAAUUAAUUCAUAUGUUAACUAUUGAACAAGAAAAGAAUAUUUCAUUUGAAUCAAUCAAAUAUUUAUCUAUGAUUGAUAAUUUUAUUGUUGCUAAUUAUUCUGAUCAAAAUUAUUUACAUAUUUGGCAAUUGUUAAAUAUUUCUAUUCGAACAAGUAUUCAAAAUCAAUGGGGUAUUGUUGAGCAUCCAACAAAAGGCAGUCAUCAUCAUGGUCAAGUACAAGCUAUAACUGCAACACCAAAAUUAAAAUUAUUUGCUUCAUCUGAUAGUGAAGGUUGUAUAAAGAUAUGGGAUAAUACAAAUAGUCUAUUACGUGAAUUAUAUCUUGAUAGAUCACUUUGUGCUAUUGAAUUUCUUUUACAAAAUGGUGAAUUAAUUAUUGCUUAUCAAAAUAAUAUUCAUUUAAUAUUACCUGAAAAUUAUUUACCUAAUUAUACAAAAUUUAAAAUAAAACAACAAAAUUCUAUCAAUUAUAUUGCAGAAAAUAAUCGUUUAGAAGUUAUUGAACCAUUUAGUAUACCUUAUCAAUCAAUACCAAUAUUUGUUUAUCACAUUAAAACACAUCAUAGGAAAAAACGAUUACAAACAUUUGAACGACAAUUAGAAGGUCGUUUUACUGUCAUUGAAAGUGAUAGUUCUCAAUCAGAUAAUGAAAAUUCUCCAUCAUCAAAUACUGAUCGUUUAUCAACAAUUAGUGAUGAUUCCAAUUGGUUUGAUUUAGCUGAAGAUGUCAAAGACAUAUUGCGAAUGAAAAAAUAUGAAAUUCGACAUGAAAAAAGAAAGCAAUUAAAUACAAUAACAACAGAAAUAAAUGAACAAUCUUUAUCUUAA